GUGGGUGCUUGAAUAAAAAAAUCCGUGGAUAUGGAGGGCUGACUGUGUAUAUAUUUUCAAGCUGUGGAUGGUUAAAUUGGUGGAUGCAGAAUCCGCGGAGAGGGAGGGCAGACUGUAAAUAUGAGGCCGUAAUGAAGGGUCACGGGACGGAAACGGUUCCUCUUGCAACUCCAUUGUAAUUACCCCCCAAAGGUAGGCUGAGGCUAGACACGGUCAUCAGCAUACCUGAAGAAGGAUGGAGAAAUCGGGUCCAGGACAAAAGGAAGUGACUCACCCACAAAACCGGGAGUAAGCUCUGCCUCCCUCUCUUUUAUGACAACCAGUAGUGCCUACUAAAGACCGUGUCUCCCCCAGGAUUGCAAACAGACCUAUUUGUUGCAGGCUGCUCCAACCACUAGGCAACCUUCUCCUUCAGACCUGGGGAAAAGCCUCUGUAGUAGUUCUCCUCCUCUGCCACCUUCUGGUGCUUCUCUGGUGUUCUUGGUUGGAGGGCAAAGGGUACACAGAAGAAGAAGAAAACUGAACUGUCAAAUACAGGGGCAAGUGGCACAGGGAGCAUGGGUCGGCCCCUGAGUCCCCUCUAUCGGUGGUACAUCUACGCCAUCCAUGGUUACUUCUCAGAGGUGAUGUUCACAGCCAUAUGGGACUUUGUUGUGGACCGGGACUGGAAGUUCCAAGGAGUCACCAGCAUCUGGGCCUUCUUCAUCUAUGGGACCUGUAGCUUUGCCUUGGAGCGUCUCUACCUCCUCCUGAGGGACCGUUGCGGUUUGCUCAUCCGUUGCACCCUCUACACCCUCUGCGUCUACCUCUGGGAAUUCUCCACCGGUUAUGUUCUCCGCCUCUUCAACGCCUGUCCCUGGGACUACAGUGGGUUCCGCUACAACUUCAUGGGACUCAUCACCUUUGAGUAUUGCCCCUUCUGGUUCCUUGGGUGCCUCUUACUAGAAAAAAUAAUAAUCUGCAACACUCUCAGGCUCCGGUUGAAUGAACCUCCCAAAUCCAAAGGACAGACCAUCUCCAGAUUUGAGCUUAAAGAUGACUGA